AGGAGCAGCAAGAUGGCGCUGCACUCCUGGUCUCCGGAGCUGGGGUUCAGCGAAAAGCUGAAGCAGGUCGCCGUCUCCACCGGCCCCUCCCUGGAUUUAAGCACCUUCCCCUCCACCCUGGGCUCCGUAGUCGCGACCGCAGCGCUGGAGCAGCUCUUUAUUGUGGAACAAUCACUGCAAAGUGACUAUUUUAAAUGCAACGAAGAAGCUACCAUCUUUCUUAAGGACAUUGCUAUAGCUGUCAGGAGAUUGGAAGAAAUGAGAAGAGCUACAAUUGAACAUCUGGAAAUUGAAAGCAUGGAACUCAGUAGACUAUAUUUUCUAUUGGAAACUCUUCCUGAUCACAUUAACACAGAACUCGAAGAAUUUGUCGUCGCUGCUCGCAAAUUAAACCUUCUUGAGAUAAAACAAUUACGGAUGGAAGUUGCAAGGUUAAAUAAGGAAAUAGAGUUUCUGAAGAGGAAAAUGGUUGAUUUGAAAGAUACUAAUAAUGAUCUGGGUGAACAGCAAAAGGAGCUGGCGAAGAAGCAUGAAAAGCUUGUUGUGUUACUCAACCACGCGAUGGGGAAAAAAGCCAUCGCCGCUAUUUACAUCAAUGAGACUUAUACAAAAAUAAACUUGGAGAAAGAAGAAAUAAGACUGAAAAAGAAAAGUAUUCAAGGUAAAGAGGCGAUAAUAGUCAAAGACAAAGGAGAAUAUUUGAAAGCAAAAAAAAGGUUGAGUGGCCAGAUGAAUGAAUAUGAAAAUAUCUGUGAAUCUAAGAAACAGGAUGCUUAUUAUAGGAAGAAACAAUUGGAUAAAUUAAGGAUUAAAGAGAUGGACAUAAAAGAAAAAGUUAUUACCAGCACUGUGGAACUUAGUGAUCACAAUUUAGAGAUAGCAGAACUAAAUCAAUCAAUAAGACAUUGGCAAGAACAGAUCGAAGAAAUAAAGAAAAUCUGUAAUAGCCUGGAGGAAAAAAUAUUUUUUUUAAAGAAAAACAAGAAAAAACUGGGAGAGAAAGCUAUUACUGACAAAAAUGAAUUUUUUCAGAAGAUAAAGGAGAUGAAUGAAAAAAUAUACAAAGCUCAGUUAGAAAACAAAGAUCUACAAGAGAAAUUGCAGACUCUUACCAGACAAUAUAAGAUUGUCUUACAGGAGGAAGAUAAAGUUCGUAUGCAAAAAAAGAAAAUACAAGAAGAAAAUAACAAACAACUGAAAUUUAUUUCUGAGAAAGAAAACUUCCUGUCACAAAGAAAAGUAGACAUCAAAAAUAUGGAAGAAGGACUUGUCACGCUUUCUGAACUUUAUCGAGCAACACAGGAAGUCUAUCGGAAGCACAUAGAAAUCCUGAGUGAAAACCUGGAGAGAGAAAUUCAGAGAUGUGUUCUGACUCGGUGGAAAAUAGCUUGUUUGACGAAAAGACAUGGACGUUGGCUACUGAAGAUGAGAGAAGAAUUAGAAGCUAUUAUGGAUCAAAUCAAGGCCGCAGAAGAUAGACGCAGUGAGUUAAUAGAAGAGACCAGUGUUACAGAAAAAGAGAUCACUGAAAGUCUGGUACAGAUUAAAAAAGUUACAUUAGAUUUAAAACAAACAGAGACGGAAUUUGUCAUCAAUGAAAAAAAGUUAAUUCAAGAAUUGAACAAGUAUGAGGUAAAUUUUAUUUUACAUCUAAGAAUAAUUAUAGAGGGCUGUGUGCCGGGAAAGGGUGGCUGGGCUGCAAAAACAUUCACUGUGGGCCACAUGGGGCCCAUGGGCUGCGAGUUUGACAUGCUUGUUGUAGAACAAAAAUUCGUUAAGAAAAUGGAAAGUACCAAAGAAAAGGAAGAUGAACUAUUUACAUAUCUUCCCACACUUCAAGAGACGGAAGAAGAAUAUACGAGCAAAAACAAAAUGUUUCAAGAGCUGGGACGUAUUCUCACAGAACAAAAAAAGGAACAGAAUUUACUGAAUGAUCAGAUUUCUCAAAUGACAAGAGAGUUUACAAGACAAAUGAACCUUUUGAGUAAACUGAGGCGAGAAUUACAACAAUUGCGAGAUCAUGAAAGCGAUAGGAUCAAAAGUCAUUUUGAAAUUCUGAAGAACUUAGAAAAUGAAAUCUAUGCACAUGACCUAGAAACAGAAGCCUUGCUCCUGGAAAAUGAAAGGUUGAAAAAAUAUAUUGCAUACAUGAAGACCAAGAUAGAGCCGUACGCACAAGAAGCCAAAACGUACAUCUACAGUGACCUGUCCUGGCACCUGGUAGCUAAUUACGGUAGUAACCUGUGCAUUUUGAAAAUCUUUAUUUUAGCACAAUAUCUGGAUUUGUGGGCAGAAUUUCAGAUCACUUUAAAGGAAUUUGUAGGUGAUUGUGAAGAUACUUUGCAAGAAAUAAAAAGUCUAAUAGACAGGCUGUGUGCAAGAGAUGAAAAAAUUGAGAAAAUCAGUAUUUGGUUACGAGGGAACCUUGAAGAGUUGCGCUUCCUCGCCACUGUGGAAAUUCCUGAAAAGAUGACCAAACAGACACGUACCAAAAAAGUCCAUUUUCCGGUGGCUGCACGUAUUGUGAAAAAGAUAGUAACGAAGAAAAAAUAA